ACAAACGUCUAAAUCAGGUGUUCGAUAUGAUAACAUAACCUCUAAUUUUAUGUUCGUCUUAGCCUCUGUAAGCACAGUUUUUCUCUUUAAAAAACAUGAAUAAAAUUGUUAGCACCUUCAAUAAGCGACUAUUUAUAACUUACUGUAACAGCAUUAAUUUGCAUCUACCUGGCCAAACAAAAAAAAUCUUACGACGCCCCCUGUCGAGCCUCGAAACUCAAAAAAGAGUUUACCUAAUUGAUGAAAAUCAAGAGAACGAACUGCAGAAGCCUCCCAACAGCACACUGAAUAAAUACACUUACCGAACACACACUUGUGGCCAACUUAACUUGGACAAUGUCGGACAAAAAGUCCUAAUAUGCGGCUGGCUAGAGUAUCAACGUAUGAACAAGUUUGUCGUCCUGAGAGACAGUUAUGGGGAGACCCAGCUUAUAAUCCCUGAUAAAGAGGCUCAUAUUAAAGAGUUAUUAAAAAACAUCCCCUACGAAAGCAUAAUACAAGUGAAAGGGACGGUGAGAUCUCGUCCCAAAGAUAUGAUCAACACAAGACAGGCUACAGGUGAAAUAGAGGUUUUAGUAAACAGUUUAGAGGUGCUCAACAAAGCCCAAGAUAAUCUUCCGUUUAAUAUUAGAGAGUUUCAAAAGGCCAAGGAAGCUUUGAGAAUGCAAUACCGGUACUUGGACAUCAGAUUUCCUCAAAUGCAGAACAAUUUGAGGGUGAGAUCAAAAGUUUUAGCUCGCAUGAGGGAGUUUUUAAUUGGGAAUGAUUUUAUUGAUGUCGAGACUCCUACACUGUUCAAGGCAACACCUGGGGGGGCACAAGAGUUUAUAGUUCCAACAAGAUUCCCAGGAAAAUUUUACUCCUUAGUGCAAAGUCCACAACAGUUCAAACAGAUGCUCAUGGCUGGGGCUGUGGAUAGAUAUUUUCAAAUUGCUAAAUGUUACAGGGACGAGGGCGCUAGGCCAGACAGACAACCUGAAUUUACCCAGCUGGAUAUUGAAUUGUCUUUUACCUCUCUGGAAGGUGUUAUACAACUCAUCGAAGAGUUGCUGGGGUAUGCCUUAGCUGAUUUAUGCAAUGGCAUUCCAAAAAAGUUCAAAAGAAUGUCUUAUCAUGAAGCGAUGGAGAGCUAUGGGAGUGACCAACCAGACAUCACUUUUGACUAUAAGCUUGAAAAUUGCAUAAAUAUUCUGGAAAGUAACCGGAUUAGUCAGGGUUAUAAAGAUUUUGGAGCCUACAUUUUAGUCUUUGACCCUAAAGAUGCUUGCACCCUACCAAAAUCUUUAAAAGAAAAAAUGGUGAAGGUUGCAAGUCAAUAUCCUGAUGCCAAAUUGGUGCAGAAUAAAAUUUUAAAGGAUCAGUGGCCUGCUAAAAUGCAAAAAUUGUUUUCUGUAGAGGAGUGCAGGCAGAUCUUGGAUAAAUUUAGUGUGGAUGAUGGUUCUGUGGUGUUUAUUGCUUAUGGAUCGAAAAAUGAUGCUAGAAGUAUGCUGGGAAAAAUUCGUCUUGAAUACGUCAAAUUUCUGGAACAAACUGGCAACUUAAAAAUCAGAAAAAAAGGUUUACAUUUCUUGUGGAUAGUUGAUUUUCCCUUAUUUGAAAUCUCCAGUGAAACCGGUGACAUCCAGUCGGCACAUCACCCUUUCACCUCUCCACAUUCCGAUGAUUUAAAACUACUGCAAGAAGAUCCUUUAAAGGUGAGAGCAUUGUCUUAUGACCUGGUAUUAAACGGAAAUGAAGUGGGUGGAGGUUCUAUUCGGAUCCACGAUCCAGUUUUACAAGAGCAAAUAUUGGACUUGCUGAAAAUCCAAAAGGGCCAUUUGCAGCAUAUUUUGGAUAUGUUAGCUUCUGGUUGUCCCCCACAUGGAGGAAUAGCCCUGGGACUUGAUAGACUCUUAGCGAUCCUAUUAGAUAUGCCCAGUAUUAGGGACGUUAUUGCGUUUCCGAAAACUUUUGAAGGCAAAGACCCAGUUAGUCAAGCCCCUGCUGCAGUCUCAGAGGAAGUACUGAAGCUUUAUCAUGUAAAGAGUGUUCUUUGUGAUACUAAAAAAUAAGCUAUAUAUAAGAAUAUAUUUAAAUUUUUAA